CUGAUGGACUCAACCACAGCGACAGCGGAGCUGGGCUGGAUCGUGCAUCCUCCAUCAGGGUGGGAAGAGGUGAGUGGCUACGAUGAGAACAUGAACACGAUCCGCACGUACCAGGUGUGCAAUGUGUUUGAGUCGAGCCAGAACAACUGGCUACGGACCAAGUUCAUCCGGCGCCGCGGCGCCCACCGCAUCCACGUGGAGAUGAAGUUCUCGGUGCGUGACUGCAGCAGCAUCCCCAGCGUGCCCGGCUCCUGCAAGGAGACCUUCAACCUCUAUUACUAUGAGGCCGACUUUGACUCGGCCACCAAGACCUUCCCCAACUGGAUGGAGAAUCCAUGGGUGAAGGUGGACACCAUCGCGGCCGACGAGAGCUUCUCACAGGUGGACCUGGGUGGCCGGGUCAUGAAGAUCAACACGGAGGUGCGGAGCUUUGGGCCUGUGUCCCGCAGUGGCUUCUACCUGGCCUUCCAGGACUAUGGUGGCUGCAUGUCCCUCAUCGCUGUGCGCGUCUUCUACCGCAAGUGCCCCCGCAUCAUCCAGAAUGGCGCCAUCUUCCAGGAGACCCUUUCGGGGGCCGAGAGCACCUCGCUGGUGGCCGCCCGGGGCAGCUGUAUCGCCAACGCCGAGGAGGUGGACGUGCCCAUCAAGCUCUACUGUAAUGGGGACGGCGAGUGGUUGGUGCCCAUUGGCCGCUGCAUGUGCAAAGCAGGCUUUGAGGCGGUGGAGAAUGGCACGGUCUGCAGAGGUUGCCCAUCUGGAACCUUCAAGGCCAACCAAGGGGACGAGGCCUGCACGCACUGUCCCAUCAACAGCCGGACCACCUCAGAAGGGGCGACCAACUGUGUCUGCCGCAACGGCUACUACAGAGCAGACCUGGACCCCCUCGACAUGCCCUGCACAACCAUCCCCUCGGCACCCCAGGCGGUGAUCUCCAGCGUCAACGAGACCUCGCUCAUGCUGGAGUGGACCCCGCCCCGCGAUUCAGGGGGCCGCGAGGACCUGGUCUACAACAUCAUCUGCAAGAGCUGUGGCUCGGGCCGGGGCGCCUGCACCCGCUGCGGGGACAACGUGCAGUACGCGCCCCGACAGCUGGGCCUGACCGAGCCGCGCAUUUACGUCAGCGACCUGCUGGCCCACACGCAGUACACCUUCGAGAUCCAGGCGGUGAAUGGCGUCACCGACCAGAGCCCCUUCUCCCCUCAGUUCGCCUCCGUGAACAUCACCACCAACCAGGCGGCUCCCUCGGCCGUGUCCAUCAUGCACCAGGUGAGCCGCACCGUGGACAGCAUCACCCUGUCGUGGUCCCAGCCUGACCAGCCCAACGGUGUCAUCCUGGACUAUGAGCUGCAGUACUAUGAGAAGGAGCUCAGUGAGUACAACGCCACAGCCAUAAAAAGCCCCACCAACACGGUCACUGUGCAGGGCCUCAAAGCCGGCGCCAUCUAUGUCUUCCAGGUGCGGGCACGCACCGUGGCAGGCUACGGGCGCUACAGCGGCAAGAUGUACUUCCAGACCAUGACAGAAGCCGAGUACCAGACAAGCAUCCAGGAGAAGCUGCCACUCAUCAUCGGCUCCUCGGCGGCUGGCCUGGUCUUCCUCAUUGCUGUGGUCGUCAUUGCCAUCGUGUGCAACAGACGGGGGUUUGAGCGUGCUGACUCGGAGUACACGGACAAGCUGCAGCACUACACCAGUGGCCACAUGACCCCAGGCAUGAAGAUCUACAUCGACCCUUUCACCUAUGAGGACCCCAAUGAGGCAGUGCGGGAGUUUGCCAAGGAAAUUGACAUCUCCUGUGUCAAAAUUGAGCAGGUGAUUGGAGCAGGGGAGUUCGGCGAGGUAUGCAGUGGCCACCUAAAACUACCAGGCAAGAGAGAGAUCUUUGUAGCCAUCAAGACACUCAAGUCAGGCUAUACUGAGAAGCAGCGCCGGGACUUCCUGAGCGAGGCCUCCAUCAUGGGCCAGUUUGACCACCCCAACGUCAUCCACCUGGAGGGUGUUGUUACCAAGAGCACGCCUGUGAUGAUCAUCACUGAGUUCAUGGAGAACGGCUCCCUGGACUCCUUCCUCCGGCAAAAUGAUGGGCAGUUUACAGUCAUCCAGCUGGUGGGCAUGCUGCGGGGCAUCGCGGCCGGCAUGAAGUAUCUGGCAGACAUGAAUUACGUCCACCGCGACCUGGCCGCUCGCAACAUCCUCGUCAACAGCAACCUGGUCUGCAAGGUGUCUGACUUUGGGCUCUCACGCUUUCUGGAGGAUGAUACCUCAGACCCCACCUACACCAGUGCCCUGGGUGGGAAGAUCCCCAUCCGCUGGACAGCCCCGGAAGCCAUCCAGUACCGGAAGUUCACUUCAGCCAGUGAUGUAUGGAGCUAUGGUAUCGUCAUGUGGGAGGUGAUGUCCUAUGGGGAACGACCCUACUGGGACAUGACCAACCAAGACGUAAUCAAUGCCAUCGAGCAGGACUAUCGGCUGCCACCCCCCAUGGACUGCCCAAGCGCCCUGCACCAGCUCAUGCUGGACUGCUGGCAGAAGGACCGCAACCACCGGCCUAAGUUUGGCCAGAUCGUCAACACGCUGGACAAGAUGAUCCGAAACCCCAACAGCCUCAAAGCCAUGGCACCCCUCUCCUCUGGAAUCAACCUGCCGCUGCUGGACCGCACCAUCCCCGACUACACCAGCUUUAACACGGUGGACGAGUGGCUGGAGGCCAUCAAGAUGGGGCAGUACAAGGAGAGCUUCGCCAACGCCGGCUUCACCUCCUUCGAUGUUGUGUCACAGAUGAUGAUGGAGGACAUUCUCCGGGUUGGGGUCACCUUGGCUGGCCACCAGAAAAAAAUCCUGAACAGUAUCCAGGUGAUGCGGGCACAGAUGAACCAGAUCCAGUCUGUGGAGGUUUGACGUUCACCUGCCUCGGCUCACCUCUUCCUCCAGGCCCCCGCCCCCUCCGCCCCACACGCCGGCCCCCUGGUUCUCCGUCCACAUCCACCGCAGGCUCAGCCACCUGCCAGGAGGCCACGGGCAGCAGGAAGAACC